CGGGCGUUCCACUCAUUCCCGGCGCCCCUCGCGGAGGUGCAUCUCCGCCAUGGCUGCGGCCGACCCUGGGGACCCGGCGCCUGAGCCAAACCCUGCCGGGCUACUGCUGGGCCAUAUCAUGGCCUCGGGGACAGUCGCUCAGGAGAUAUUAGAUAUAUCUAAGAAAUCUACUCCUUGCUUUGUGAACUUCUCCAGGCUACAGCAGAUCACAAAUAUUCAAGCUGAAAUCAAUCAGAAAAACCUGGAAAUUGAACUUCUAAAACUAGAAAAAGAUACAGCAGACAUUGUUCAUCCUUCUUUUUUGGCUCAAAAGUGUCAAACUCUGCAAAGCAUGAAUAAUCAUUUGGAAGCAGUGCUAAAAGAGAAGAGGUCCCUCAGGCAAAGACUGUUGAAACCCAUGUGCCAGGAAAACCUGCCUAUUGAAGCAGUUUAUCACAGAUACAUGGUACAUUUGCUGGAGUUGGCAGUGACUUUUAUUGAGAGAUUAGAAACCCACCUUGAAACAAUUAGAAAUAUUCCUCAUUUAGAUGGAAAUCUAAAGAGAAUGAGCAAGGCUUUAGCCAAGAUGGAUAUUUUGGUGACUGAGACAGAAGAACUGGCAGAGAAUAUACUCAAGUGGCGAGAACAACAAAAGGAAAUUUCCUCUUGUAUCCCCAAAAUAUUAGCUGAAGAAAAUUAUCUUCACAAAUGUAUUGUAACACCAUAACGCCUUCUUUAUCUUCUAAAGUUUAUGUCCAAACUAUUAAUGCCAAAUGAUACAACUUGUUCAAUUAAGCAAAAA